AUGGCGGAGGACGAGCAGUCCAUCUUCCGCGUGGGCGGCCACAUCUGGUUCCUGGAGCAGGAGAACCGAUGGAAGGACGCGGAGGUCCUCGCGCUCGACACCGCAGCCGAGCGCCUCACCUGCAGGCUCGAGGACGGGUCCCACCGCGAAAUGGAAAUGGCCAAGUGCUGUCUGCGCGAACCAAACCAGCACGGCGUGGACGACAUGACGACGCUGUCGUACCUGAACGAGCCCAACGUGCUCGAGAACCUGCGGAUUCGCUACGACAAGGACCAGAUCUACACGUACACCGGCUCCAUCCUCAUUGCCGUGAAUCCCUUCACCCCGCUCCCGGAUCUCUACGGGCCUGCGAUGAUGGAUAACUACAGGACCGCGGAGCUCGGGGAGUACGAGCCGCACGUGUACGCGAUCGCGAACGACGCCUUCUCGAAGAUGAUGUCGACGGGCCAGGCGCAGUCGAUCCUCAUCUCCGGCGAGUCCGGGGCUGGCAAGACGGAAACCUCCAAAUUCAUGAUGUCAUAUUUGGCGCACAUGGCCGUCAAGGCGUCCGGCGCGGGCCCGGCGACGCCCGCGCUCGGCGCGUCCGCGAACGGCGACAACGACGUCCGCAGCACGAGCGUCGAGGACCAGGUGUUGUCGUCGAACCCGCUCCUGGAAGCGUUUGGCAACGCCAAGACCGUGCGCAACAACAACUCGUCGCGCUUCGGCAAGUUCAUGGAGAUCCAGUUCUCCGCGAACGGACGCGUCAGCGGCGCCGCCAUCCGCACCUACCUCCUGGAACGCUCCCGCAUCGUCGCGAUCAACGACCCGGAGCGGAGCUACCACAUCUUCUACCAGCUGUGUGCGGGCGCCUCAAAGUCCGAGCGCGACCGGUUCGAGCUGCCGCCGACGUCGCAGGGCUUCCGGCUGCUCGCGCGCAGCACCUGCCACGACCUCGGGCCCGGCACGUCCGACGCGGAGGACUACGCGGCCACGCGGCACGCGAUGGACGUGGUAGGCAUCGACAGGGUCAACCAGGAGCAGUGCAUGCAGGUGGUGGCCGCGGUGCUGCACCUGGGCAACGUGACGUUCAAGGGCUCGCAGGACGACUCGGAGGUCGCCGGCGGGGCCGUGGGCGCGCUGCACGCGUGCGCGAAGCUCCUCGGGGUCGACGCCGACGCGCUGGCCGAGGCCCUCACGAAGCGCACGCGCAAGCUGCCGGAGGGCGAGAUCAAGUCGCCGCUGUCGCUCCAGGAGGCCGAGGCGAACCGCGACGCGCUGUGCAAGCAGAUCUACUGCCGGCUGUUCGACUGGCUCGUCGCGCGCAUCAACCACCGCAUCGGCGAGGACCCGCGCCCGUUCAGCAAGAUCGGCAUCCUCGACAUCUACGGCUUCGAGCAGUUCGAGCGGAACGACUUCGAGCAGUUCUGCAUCAACCUCGCGAACGAGAAGCUGCAGCAGCACUUCAACAUGCACGUGUUCAAGCAGGAGCAGCAGGAGUACGAGCGGGAGCAGAUCGACUGGACGUACAUCAACUUCAAGGACAACCAGGACGUGCUCGACCUGCUCGAGGGCCGCGCGGGCGGCAUCGUGCCGCUCCUGGACGACUCGUCGCGCAUGAAUCUCAAGGCGAAGGACUUUGCGGACAGGCUGCACCAGGAGUUUGGCGGAAAGGGCGCGCCGGGGCCCGGCGGGCAGCGGCCGGUGAAGCACGAGCGGUACGAGGUGCCGAAGCGGGACCAGGAGGCCUUCACGAUCGACCACUACGCGGGGCAGGUGACGUACUCGACCACGAACUUUGUGGAAAAGAAUCGAGAUUUCCUGGUUGAGGAGCACGUCAAGCUGAUGGCCAGCGCGACCAUGGAGCUCGUGGCCGAGCUCUUCGCGCCCGCGGACGGCGCGCCCGCGGACGGCGCCGCGGCGAAGGGCCCGCGUGGCAGCGCGUACAAGUUCCAGUCGGUCGGCGGCCGCUUUGUGCAGCAGCUCGGCGCGCUGAUGCGCGACCUGCAGACGCAGCAGCCGCACUACGUGCGCUGCAUCAAGCCGAACGAGAAACAGUCCCCCGGGGAGUUCCUCGAGCCGUCCGUGCUGCAGCAGCUGCGCUGCGGGGGGGUGUUGGAAGCCAUCCGCAUCGCGCUGGCGGGGUACCCCGCGCGCAUGCAGUACGCCGCGUUCGUGGACAAGUACUGGCACAUCGUGCCGGACAGGCUCCACGCGGAGAGGAUGGACCGCUUCCGGUCAGACGCGGACCCGCAGUACGUGGCGGCGUGCAAGCGCGUCACGGGCGCCGUGCUGCAGACGAUGAACUUCGAGGUCAUGCGGCACUACCAGAUGGGGAUGCACAAGGUGUUUCUGCGGCCCGGGGAGUCGGCGAUCCUCGACCGGCGCCUGCACCGCGUGCGCGAGGAGGCUGCGGUGGUGCUGCAGAAGCACGCGCGGCGCUGCCGGGCGCAGAGGCGGUACGCGCGCGCGCGCGCCGCGGUGGUGUGCAUUCAGGCGUACGCGCGCGGGCACGCGGCGCGGGAGCUCGUGCGGCGGAUGCGCCGCACGGCAGCGGCGACGCGCAUCCAGGCGUGCGUGCGCGGGAUGCUGGCGCGCGGCACGCUGCGGACCGCGCGCAACGCGGCGGUGCGGAUCCAGGCGGCGUGGCGCGGGGAGCUCGCGCGGCGGACGGCGCUCGAGACGCGCCGCGACCGCGCCGCGACGCGCAUCCAGGCCGCGUGGCGCGCGGCCAAGCCGCGGCAGGAGUACCUGCGCGUGAAGUGGGCGACGCUGGCGGCGCAGACGGCGCGGAGGAAGGCGGUCGCGCGGCGGGAGUACCUCAAGCGGCGCGCGGAGGCCCGGAGCACGCAGAAGCUUGUCAAGGACAAGAAGGACCUCGAAGAGAGACUCGCGGAGAUGUCCAACACAUUGGAGCAGGUCCAGGCGCAGCGGGCGCACGCGCGGAAGGUGCUGAAGGAGGAGCAGCAGCGCCGGAAGGCCGAGACGGCGCGCGUGGAGGCGCUCGAGGCGGAGCUCGCGGACCUGCGCGCGCGGCUGGAGGCGCUCGAGCGGGACCGCGCAGCGGCGGUGGCGAGGGCGGGCGCCGCGGAGGCGCAGCUCGGGGAGGCCGCGGAGCGCGCGGCGGCGGCGGAGGCGGCGGCGAGGGCGGCGCAGGAGCGGGAGGCGAGCUCGAAGGAGCAGCUGGAGGGGAUGCGGAAGGAGGGUUUGGAGUCGACGCGGGCGACCGAGGCUCUGGAGGCGGAGCGGGAGGCGUGGAAGCGCGAGAAGGAGGACCUGGCGCGGAGGAUGACGCGGUACAGGCAGGAGCGGGACAAGGCGGUGGAGAAGCUGGAGCUCGCGCGGGGGAGCGGGGCGGCAGCGGCGGCGGAGGGCGCGGCGCUGGCCGGCGCGCGGCCGUCGCAGGCGGGCUUGGCGCCGCCGCUGUCGCCGUCGUCGUCGCGCGGGCUGAUGUCGCCGACGAUCUCGCGCAGCCGCAUCGAGCUGGAGGCGAACCAGGCGGAGAUGCGGGAGCGCGCGGAGAUGGAAGAGGCGCUUCUGCGGUACCUCAAGUCGGAGGGCGCGGCGCUGUACGAAGGCAACGUGCCGGCGGCGUCGCUGGUGAUCUUCCGGACGGCGUACAACAUGAAGGCGUUCCAGGACGCAGGCACGAAGCUCUUCGAGCGCACGACGGGCGUGUUCGAGCAGCAGCUGCGCCGCGUGGGGGAGGACCGGCGCGGGCUGUGCCACUGGAUGUCGGUGUGCACGUCGCUGCUGGCGCUCUUCAAGACGCACACGCGGCCCGUGCUGUCCAACGCGGCGAAGAACAACUCGCGCGGCGGCCUCAGCAUGCCCCUCGUCGGCGGCCUCGUCUCCAACGUCGGGAAGAUGUUUGUCCGCAGCGGCCGCUCCAACCGCGCGCUGCCCGCGCCCGAGGCGAGCGCUGCGCGCGGAGCCGGGCUGCAGGUGGACACGAAGUACCCCGCGCUGGUCUUCAAGAGCAACCUGGAGACCAUUCUGCAGAACGUGUACGGCGCGCUCAAGGACGGCGUGAAGAAGACGCUGCAGCCGCUGCUGAUGUCGGCGAUGCUGGCGCCCAAGGCCGGCCACGCGGUGCACCUGAGCGGCGGCGUGAGCGGGGACUUCUCGCGGACGGCGAGCGGCGCGGUCAACGAGCACGCCACGACGCCGUGGGGCCUCAUGCUCGAGGAGCUGGCGCAGCUGCUGCAGGUCAUGAAGGACACGCACGUGCCGCGCGCGCUGUGCGCGUCGCUGUUCGAGCAGGUGCUGUCGUUCGUCAACAUGACGCUCUACAACCAGCUCGCGCUACGAAAGGACUGCAACUCGUUCUCGAACGGCGAGUACCUGUCGGGCGGGCUGCGGGCGCUGCGCGGGUGGCUGCUGGACAUGGGCCCCGCGGUCGGGCGGGCGAGCGACAUGCUGGAGCCGUUCCAGCAGGCGGUGUCGUUCUUGGUCAUUCACAACAAGCAGAACCUCGACUUCAAGAUGCUGACGGAGGACGUGUGCUGCAACCUCAGCGUGCAGCAGAUAUACCGCCUCAGCACGCUGUACUGGGACGACAAGUACAACACGGAGUCGCUGAGCCGCCCCGUGCAGCAGGAGCUGCGGCGCGCCAUGAACCAGAACAAGAGCCAGAUGACGUCGUUCCUCGUGGACGACGUGGCGCCGGGCUUCGUGGUGGCGGACUGCAUCGACGACGACGUGCGCGUGGACAUCCGCGUGCCGCUGCGGGACGCCGCCGAGCAGCUCGGGCCGCGCUUUGCCUUUUUGGCACAGCGCUUGGGGUAG